AGGAAGUCCUGGUGGCAUUGUCGAGGAAGUGUUGAACUACUAACCUUAAGGUCCGUGGUUCAAAUCUAACAGCCGCUCCAGGAAAGAGAUUUGUACAGAAGUCUUCCUCGGAAUUCAUGGUGUUUUAUCAGAUAAACAACUAGUAUAUCAAACCUUUUGGAUUGUUUUGGGACACCACUCCCCCUUCCCCCCAAAAUGACAUCAAUUAUCAAAUUAACUACCCUCUCUGGGGUCCAAGAAGAGUCUGCUCUUUGCUAUCUUCUGCAAGUUGAUGAAUUUAGGUUUUUAUUGGACUGUGGCUGGGAUGAGCACUUUUCUCUGGAUAUUAUAGAUUCCCUGAGGAAGCAUGUUCACCAGAUUGAUGCUGUCCUGUUGUCCCACCCCGACCCCCUCCACCUCGGGGCGCUCCCGUACGCUGUUGGGAAACUAGGUCUGAACUGUGCUAUCUACGCCACCAUCCCCGUGUACAAAAUGGGGCAGAUGUUCAUGUAUGAUCUCUAUCAGUCUCGACACAAUACAGAAGAUUUCACACUCUACACCUUAGAUGACGUUGACGCUGCCUUUGAUAAAAUACAGCAGCUGAAAUUCUCUCAGAUUGUGAACUUGAAAGGCAAAGGACAUGGCUUAUCUAUCACACCUCUGCCAGCUGGCCAUAUGAUUGGUGGAACCAUAUGGAAAAUAGUCAAAGAUGGAGAAGAAGAAAUUGUUUAUGCGGUUGACUUCAACCACAAGAGGGAGAUCCACUUAAAUGGAUGUUCCUUGGAAAUGCUAAGCAGACCCUCUCUACUUAUCACAGAUUCAUUUAAUGCUACUUACGUGCAGCCCAGGCGAAAACAGAGAGACGAGCAACUUCUGACCAACGUCCUGGAGACCCUUCGAGGCGAUGGAAAUGUAUUAAUAGCAGUGGACACUGCGGGCCGAGUUUUGGAACUUGCUCAACUGCUUGAUCAAAUUUGGAGAACUAAAGAUGCAGGACUGGGUGUCUACUCACUGGCGCUCCUCAACAAUGUCAGUUACAAUGUGGUGGAGUUUUCAAAGUCCCAGGUAGAAUGGAUGAGUGACAAGUUGAUGAGAUGUUUUGAAGACAAAAGAAAUAACCCAUUCCAGUUUCGCCACCUCUCCUUAUGCCAUGGCCUCACUGACCUGGCUCGAGUACCGAGCCCCAAAGUUGUCCUGGCCAGCCAACCUGACCUGGAAUGUGGAUUUUCAAGGGACCUCUUUAUUCAGUGGUGUCAAGACCCUAAAAACUCAAUCAUUCUAACAUACAGAACUACUCCUGGGACUUUAGCCCGUUUCUUGAUUGAUAACCCUUCUGAAAAAAUUACAGAGAUAGAGUUGCGGAAACGUGUGAAACUUGAAGGGAAGGAACUGGAGGAAUACUUGGAAAAAGAGAAGCUGAAGAAAGAGGCGGCUAAGAAACUUGAGCAGGCAGAUAUAGAUUCCAGCGAUGAGAGUGAUGUUGAAGAAGAUAUCGAUCAGCCUUCGGCUCAUAAGACUAAGCAUGAUCUGAUGAUGAAGGGCGAAGGUAGUCGUAAAGGAAGUUUCUUUAAACAGGCGAAAAAGUCCUAUCCUAUGUUUCCUGCUCCAGAAGAAAGAAUCAAAUGGGACGAGUAUGGGGAGAUUAUCAAACCAGAGGACUUCUUAGUGCCAGAACUUCAAGCUACCGAAGAAGAAAAAAGCAAAUUAGAAUCUGGCUUGACAAAUGGAGAUGAGCCCAUGGAUCAGGAUUUAUCCGAUGUUCCUACUAAGUGUAUUUCCAUGACGGAGUCCAUUGAAAUAAAAGCCAGGGUUACUUACAUAGACUAUGAAGGCCGCUCCGAUGGGGAUUCCAUCAAAAAAAUCAUUAAUCAGAUGAAACCUCGCCAGCUGAUUAUCGUCCAUGGCCCCCCAGAGGCCAGUCAGGACCUCGCGGAGUGCUGCCGUGCCUUUGGUGGGAAGGACAUUAAAGUGUACAUGCCCAAGCUGCACGAGACAGUGGACGCCACGAGUGAAACGCACAUCUACCAGGUGCGACUGAAAGACUCACUGGUCAGCUCCCUUCAGUUUUGUAAGGCCAAAGAUGCCGAGCUAGCUUGGAUUGAUGGUGUCCUGGACAUGAGAGUCUCCAAAGUGGACACAGGGGUUAUUUUAGAAGAAGGCGAACUGAAGGAUGAUGGCGAAGAUUCAGAAAUGCAAGUGGACGCGACUUCAGACUCUAGCGUAAUAGCACAGCAAAAGGCCAUGAAAAGUCUGUUUGGGGACGACGAGAAAGAGACCGGUGAAGAAAGCGAGAUCAUUCCCACGCUGGAGCCCUUGCCGCCUCACGAGGUUCCUGGACAUCAGUCGGUGUUUAUGAAUGAACCGAGGCUCUCGGACUUCAAGCAAGUUCUUUUACGAGAGGGGAUUCAAGCUGAAUUUGUUGGUGGGGUCCUGGUGUGCAACAAUCAAGUGGCAGUCCGCAGGACGGAAACGGGACGCAUUGGAUUAGAAGGCUGCCUUUGUCAAGAUUUUUAUAGGAUAAGAGACCUUUUGUAUGAACAGUAUGCCAUUGUAUAAAGGUUGUGAUGUCAUAAAGUGUCUGUUUGACCUUUUGAAGAAAAAAGGGGGAGUCUUACUCUAAGGUUUUACUUUGUAACAUACAAAAAGGACCGGCCAGAAAAACAUGACGUCUAAGAUUUUCAGUAAUGUAAAUAAGGUAUCAUUUUGCUAAUGCUCAAAAGAGCAUUUGUUCCUUUUAGCUUUCAGAGUGAGAGGUGUCCUCGUCCCAGAGCUGAAGAUGCUGGGUCUCCUUUGCAGACCCUUCACUCGGAGAGGGACUGUUGCCUUGAAGAAAACAAUGCAACUUAGCAAACCAGUUCAUGGCCUUAGAGAAACGUGCUUGCAGGCGCCUUGCAGAUGGUUUCCUAUGUCUCCUGGGAUGAGAAGCGAGACUGCUUCAGCAAAGAAUUGCAACUAAAAGCCCAAACUGAUAAAACAGUUUUUUUGAGAUCCAGCUAUUAAAACAAACAAACAAACAGAUCCACGCUUGCACUGACUGUGCACAAAUGUAUAUUUGAAAUCUCACCUGUAACUGUUUCCACACAGACUGUGCCCCACCGUGCAGCUAGCAUGAAGGAGGAGUGCACGUUUGGUUCAGAAACCAAUUUUUAUUUCUCCCAUUUCUUGUUCUCAAGGCUUUUGUUGCCAAUCUGGAUUAGAACAGCAUCAACUGAGUAUAUAUAAUUUGUCAGAUUUUUCUGGAAAGUCUUUAAGUGUGUGGCAUAUGCUUUAGAUGUAUCUGAAUUGUCAGCUAGGCAUUGGAAACUCUGUUGUACUGUUUUAAGAAACGCUGCUUUAAGAAAGCAAAGGUUGACCCUCACACACUAUAAGGACGCGGUCAUUCUACAUGCACUGAUGUCUUUCUCAUGCCCCGAAGCCCAGAUGGUAGUACUCGUGUAAACCACCUGUGUUCAGAAAUAAAAAGGCAGAUGUUUGCCAUUUACACUGAACUUAUGUAAUGAAAGCCAUGUUGCCCUAUUGCAAUCUCUUACUGCUUUUAAAAGCAGCGGCUUACUCAUGGCAGACCCUGUUGUCUGUUUCUUAAAUAUAUAAACCCUCCUCUGUAUAUUAGCAUUCAGGAGAAUCAGUGUUUUCAUUUAACUUACAAUGGAACAAUGGAGAGUAGUACAACUCAGUGAUGGUUAAUAUUUCAUUCUUUUUCACAUUCUUAAAAAGUCACUAUUGCAGAUGAUAGUACGAAUGAUACCGAGAGCCAGAUUUAUAAAACAAUGCAACAGAAGAUGUGUAUUCAGAAUACAUUCCCUUUUCAGAGCCUUGGAAUUCUCUCUCUCUUCCCAUUUAAACUCACUAGUGUAGCGAGAAAGCCUAGAAUCCUGUUUAUAUUCCAGGGGAAAGAAAACUUGCAGUGGUUGAUGGUUUAAGGCUUCUAGUUAGACAAUGAAAUGCUGUGACUGAAGAUUUGUUCCCCUGGCCUUUGUACUGUAGUCUGAUGAACUGGAAUUGAAUUUGAAUGGGACAGUUUACAGAUGGCUGUGCUAACAAAUGUCAUUUCAAGAGCAAUACUGUUAACUGUUUCUAGAUGGCAGCAUUACUAACAUUUUGAAAAUGAAGGUAUUUGUGUGAGUCCCCGUGAGCUAUCAAAAAUGCUUCCAAAAGGACUGUGUGCUAAAUCAUGAGCUUAGAGGAGCUUUCAGAUCUUUAUUGUUUAAAAGUAAGAAUAAAUACAAAUGGACCACCCA